AUGGCUGUAGCUGUGGACCAACAAAUCCAGACUCCUUCAGUACAAGAUCUCCAAAUAGUUAAACUGGAAGAAGAUUCCCACUGGGAGCAGGAAAUUUCCCUUCAAGGGAAUUACUCUGGACCAGAGACAUCCUGCCAGAGCUUUUGGCAUUUCCGUUACCAAGAAGCAUCACGACCCCGACAGGCCCUCCUCCAGCUCCAGAUCUGUUGUCAGUGGCUAAGGCCAGGGAAGUGUACAAAAGAGCAGAUCCUGGAGCUGCUGGUCCUAGAACAGUUCCCGACUGUCCUUCCCCAGGAGAUCCAGAUCUGGGUCAGACAGCAGCAUCCGGAGAGUGGAGAGGAGGCAGUGGCCCUGGUGGAAGACUUGCAGAAAGAACCUGGAAGACAGAGGCUGGAGCCUCGGGCGAGGCCGUCCGGCCGCACCCCUCCUGCUCAGCUGCGGUCGCCAUGGCCAAUGACAGCUGCGCGCCCGGCGAGCCGAGCUCGAGCGAGCGAGACCGGCAGUACUGCGAGCUGUGCGGGAAGAUGGAGAACCUGCUGCGCUGCAGCCGCAGUUCCUUCUGCUGCAAGGAGCGCCAGCGCCAGGACUGGAAGAAGCACAAGCUCGUGCGCCAGGGCAGCGAGGGCGCCCUCGGCCACGGAGGGGGCCCUCACUAGGACUCCGGCCCCGCGCCGCCGGCUGCAGCGCCGCCGUCCAGGGAGCGGGCCCUGGAGGCCAGAAAGGCAGCGAGGCGCCGGGACAGCGCCUCCGGGGACGCAGCCAAGGCAAAGGCCAAGUCCGCGGCCGACCCCGCGGCGGCCGCGUCCCCGUCUCGCGCGUCCCCGGGCCGGACAAAAGCCAUGGCUGCUUGUUAUCCGGUCAAUGGAACGGGUUAUGUACGUCAUGUUGAUAAUCCAAAUGGAGACGGAAGAUGUGUGAAAUGUAUUACAUUACGUUAAAGAACGGGAUGGCAAGCCCUGCCUGAUGUGGCUCUGGGAAUUCCUGCAGAGAAGAGCAGGGGUGGCCAGGAGAUAGUGAGCAGCUCCCAGGAGCUAGCGACACCUGAUGAUUGGGUGUAUAUCUCCUAGGAGGCAUGGAGGGAUCCAGAACCUGGACUGAAGAACUACCUAGAAAUAACUCAGCAGAAUUCUGAAAAUGAGGUCACGCUGGAUUUUCCAAUCCAUAGGCCCAAAGUGAACUCCCACGUGGAAUAGGAGGAAAACCCACAGCAUCUAGAUCUUCAAAUUCUGGAGAAAAAGAGAGUGUGAAAGACUGCUCAGUGGCUGGGGUGAGAGUCAAGUCUGGCCAGGUGCUAAUCUGGAGAAAAGCCAAGACCUGGAGCGAGCUGGAGUGGCAGGCCCUGGAGGAUGAGAAGGUGGCAGGAGUGCACUGGGGAUACAAAGAAACCAAGAUUUUUCUGGGAAUUCUCAGAGGCCUGGAUCCAUGAAAAACUCUGCACCUGCCAUUGAAACCACCAGGUGUACCGGAUUAUGGCUGAGCAGCUGUGAGAACAUGGCUUCCUGUGGACCCUGGAGCAAUGGUGCUAUCGGUUCAAAAACCUCCUGACCGACUACUGCAAGGACAGGAGCACCUACACACCAGGCACCAGUGUCUUCUAUGAUGAGAUGGAUGCCCUGAUGAGUCUUUGGGCACUUUCUAACACCUUUGAUGCCUUAGAGGUGGUAGGAGGUCUUCUUUGGGAUUGAGAGGAUUCCAAAGGGAACCAGGGCAUAGCACUAGAAGAUGUGGCGGGAUGGUAAUGAAAUAGUGGAGGAGUCUCAAGAGGAAUCCUGGAGCCUUGGUCCCCAGGCCUUGAGGUGGAAUCCCAGUGGCAACUCUCCCCGACAAUGGACUCAGAGCAGUGGGAGCGACGCAGUCCUGUGGGAAGCAUUCUGGCUCAGAAUCAGGGGAUGUGAUUAUUGUCCUGGCUCUGUUAUGACUAAUUUGGGUCUGGAAUGGCCUCAUCGGGGGAAAAACUGGUGACAACUUUAAGAAAUACUUUUUAUAUCCCGUCCUCAAAUAUUGCUUGACUCAACCCUCUACUGAACCAGUAGUCCAGGGUGGCUCACAAAGACCACUUUGAGGCUCUUGCUCUGCUCUUUAGCCAAGGAGUCUCCCUUCCUGCCUUUAGUAACAACAUUACAGGAAGAGAGGAGAGAAAGGUAGGAGUUAAAGAUCCAGUCAUUUGUUUCCAUCUAAAGUGCCCUAUAAGCCAGGCAUGGUGGCACAAGCCUGUAGUCCCAGCUACUCGGGAGGCUGGGGCAGGAGAAUCACUUGAGCCCAGGAGUUGGAGGCCGCAGUGAGCUGUGAUCAUGCCACUGCAUUCCAGCCUGGGCGACAGAGUGAGACCCAGACUCAGCUAAAAAAUAAUAAUAUUAUUAAAAGAAUUUAAAAUAAAGUGUUCCAUAGAUGUGAACCCUGCGUAGAUUAUACACACCAGUCUGCCAUUUAAAAGGUUUGUUGUUCUUGGGCAACCUCUUUAAAUACCCUUAGCCUCCAUUUUCUCAUCUGGACAGUGGACAUUGUGAUGGUUUCUACCUCCCUGGGCUGUUGUGAGGAUCCUGACACAGUAUUAGCACUUGGCAAAUGUUAGUUUUCAUUAUCAUCAUCAUUAUAAUUAUUAUGAAAAUAGAUAAGUGCAUUAUCCUGUACCCUCAAAGGAGUAAAAGGGGGAAAAUGUCUGAGUCAUGAAACUUUCUCUUCUGGGAACUAGACCUUCUUGAGAGGCGCCAUCAUUCUCAUUUCACCUGUCACUUCCAGACAUGGGAGCAGAAAGUGAAUUUCAGAACUCCAUGUCCCCUCCUGCUUUUCUCUGAGCAGGACUUCCAGUUCCCCAGCCAGAUGGGGUCACAAUGCUGCAGAAAAGUGAAGAGCUUUGGAAUGAAGAUCUCCCAGACUUCAAGGAGAUUCAGAAAACGUCCAGUGCAGGUGGGAAAUGAAUGGGAGCUAGCAUUCCACCAAGAAAGUCAGCCCUGGGAUUCUAAACUCGGACAAGCCAGCACUGGGCAAGGGCUGAGGGGAACCAGGCACUCAGUGCACCCAGUUUACUAUUCUGUGGUGUGGAAAGCAUAGGACUUGAGAAGCAGGUGGCACCCAGGAAAGCCUGUUCCCCUAAGUUUGAACUUUAGUUACUUGAAAAAAGGUAUAACUGAA